UAAGCCAAAAAGCGAGGAAAUCCAUUUCAUUAUUCAGCAAACAACUGGCGAGUUGACACUGAUUACAUAAUCGAACGUUAUUAAAAAGUUGCUAGUGACGACGUGAUCUUCAAAGUGAAAAUGAAAGUUUUUACCUUGACUUUGGUCGCUAUACUUUUAAUAGUAUGGUGUUGUGGUGCAGUAACAUCGACUGCUUUAAAAGUAAAGAAGAAUGAUAAACCAGCUUCUAAGGAAGUGAAAUCGCAAGAAAGGGAAUCUAAGGCGAAAACUCUUAAGAAAGCUUCAGAAACGGAAAAAAAAGAAGUUCGCAAACGUGGUAUUUUACACUACGGUGCUCUGAUGGGACCAACAGGUCUAUUACCUCGAGGCUAUGCUGGUCAUUAUGGAUAUGGCUGGGAUUUACCGACUGCAUUGCCAUCUUCCUUGAUCGCCAGUCACGCUCAUGCUCCAGCAUUACUUAAGUACAGUAAUGGUUUUCAAUACAGGGCUUUAGGUGGACCAAAUUUAGUUUCCGCAGUAUUGCCAGCGAGUCUCACUACUGGCGUUUCCCAUAUUCAUCCUGCUCCACUAGCGCCUGCGCCUUUUAUUCUACGUCCUGGAAAUGCUGUUGUGCAAUCAUUUAAUGUAAAUUAUGCCCAACGCAGACCUGGCGUGACAGUACCGACUGGCCGACCAUUGCAUACAUUUGCUUCUGCCGCGACAUCAUUACAUCACAUACAUCCAGUGAAUACACUACAAACUGUCCCAUCAUUACAACCUGCACAUACAAUCCAGGCAAUUCAACCGAUAGCACCUGUCCCACCGGUGCCUGCAGUGCAAACAGUGCCUACAGUACAUACUGUGCCUGCGGUUCACACUGUGCCUGCCGUACAUACUGUGCCUGCGGUUCACACUGUGCCUGCUGUACAUACUGUGCCUGCGGUUCACACUGUGCCCGCAGUACACACUGUGCCUUCAGUGCAACCUCUACAUACAUUCCAAACAGGCUUAGCGGCACGGCCAGGACAUCAUCUGCACCCUGAGCAUGCAGUCUCCUCGAUACAUCCCGUGCACACAAUACAAACCGUUCAACCUGGGCAGCAUUCGCCAAACGUCGUACAGAUACAACAUCUGCAGCCUCCAUCAGUGCACUGCACUGACACAGGCACUUACCAACAUUUUCCUGAUUUCUUCCAGACUUCCUUUGUUCCACCCGUCGCUGUGCCAGAAGGUCCCGCAGUUCAUAUACAACCCACUUCUCCUUCCUUACCACCAAUCCCAGCCUUUCCAGCCCCUCCUUCGUUUCCCAGCAUACCCGCUGUGCCUGCAAUACCUUCCAUACCGACAAUUCCCACAAUACCGUCCGCACCAGCUAUACCUUCUAUACCGAGCAUACCGAGUAUUCCAUCUGUGCCGACUAUACCACAACCUCAAAUACCGCCGAGUGUUUUUUUUCCGGCUCAAGUGCAUCCUCCUGUACCUCAACAACCACCCACAUUUGUCGGUGUAGCAGGCGGAUUAGUGCCUGUGGCCGCUAAGCCCGACAUUGGCAGUGCAGAAGCCUCACCGCAAAUACCAUCUAGGCCCGCAGUACGUCCGUCUCAGUUUCCUGAACCCAGCCACACGCCUGAAUUACCCCGUCCUACUCAAGAACCUUGGCGGCCUAUAGUACACGAAUGGGCCACUUCUGUGCAACCAACCCGCCGACCUUCUAUUACCUUACUACCUCCGUAUGGAAGUACCGCAGGAGAAGCCUACUUACCACCUGAACCAUCAGGUAAUCAGAAACUGCAACACGAAUUUGGCGUCGGUACCAAUCUAUUCGAUAACCUUAGCGACAGUGAAAUCGAGCAUAUAUUCACGCAAGCCCAUCUGGCAGCUCAACAAGAUCAUAAUCGACACCAUCAACACCAACACACUAUUCACAACUAUCAUACGAAUUAGUUAUGGAUUUCGAAUGGUAAAUAUAUUUUAGCGUUUUUUCAACGUUCUAGUUAAAAUUAUUUGUAUUCUAUUUUUAAGUUUUAAUGUAUUU